AUGGCCUACGAAGGACGGGAUCAUGGCGACAAGGGUUUUGGGUUUGGUGGUGGUGGAGGACACGAUGGGCCACCGCCGAGGGCCCGGGGCAGGCGCUGGCUGCGCGGCUGCCGAGAUAAAAGCAAGGAAAGACUGACGUUAUCUCCGGAAGGCCCUGUCACCGACUAUGGCGCUACCGUUGUCGGCUGGAUGCGGAAUCGCCAACCGCGCUACAAAGGGUCAUUAACUGGCGAGGUCGAGAGACCAAGUAACAGUUACAUAGUAGAUAUGCUGCCUCCUCAUGCAAGGACAACAAGUCCGGCUGAUUCGGUACCUACGCGUCACCUGCACUCAUCGCUUAAUAAGAUCAAACAUCCGAUCAACGUGGUACGGUGGACGCCGGAAGGCAGGAGACUGUUGACGGCGUCCAGCAGCGGAGAGUUCACCCUCUGGAACGGCACCGGCUUCAACUUUGAGACCAUCAUGCAGGCGCAUGACUCGGCCAUCCGUGCCCUGGCCUAUUCCCACAGCGACGACUGGCUAGUAUCUGCAGACCACGACGGGAUUAUCAAGUACUGGCAGCCCAACUUCAACAACGUCGAGAGCAUCCGCGGCCACACAGACCCUGUUCGAGACCUAGCCUUCAGCCCCACCGAUGUCAAGUUUGUCACAGCGUCCGAUGACUCAACACUUAAAAUAUUUGACUUUGCCGCUGGCGCAGCUGAAUCGACACUCACGGGCCAUGGCUGGGACGCAAAGAGCUGCGACUGGCAUCCCACAAAGGGACUGAUCGUCUCGGGCUCCAAAGACCAUCUAGUCAAGCUCUGGGAUCCGCGGACGGGCCGGUGCCUGACAACCCUCCACGGUCAUAAAAACACCAUCACCAAGACCGUUUUCGAGAAAGUCCGCGGGCAAUGUCUAGCCACAUCCGCGCGAGAUCAAACCGCCCGUGUGUUCGACCUCCGCAUGAUGCGCGACAUCUGCCUCCUCCGCGGCCACGAGAAGGACAUCUCGACCCUAACAUGGCACCCAAUCCACCCCAAUUUACUCAGCACCGGCGGCUCCGAAGGCUCUCUCUUCCACUACCUCCUCGACGAGCCCAACACUCCCCCGGGCCACUCCCUCUCCAUCGCGCCUUACGACACCGCCGACCCAGCCUCCACCCCAGCCCAGACCAUCUACCCCGCCCACCGCGUCCCCCACGCCCACGACUUCGCCAUCUGGUCACUCGACUGGCACCCCCUGGGCCACAUUCUCGCGUCGGGCUCCAACGACCGCAUAACACGUUUCUGGGCGCGCGCCCGCCCCGGCGAGGCCGACAACUUCAACGACCGCUACCACAUCGGCGAGGCCGCCGCCGAGGCCCAAGGCACCUGGGACCGCCGCGGCCACCGGCACAUGCGCCAAGCCGAAGAAGAACAAGAACUCGAAGACGAAAUGGACGGCCUCGUCGACCAAAAGAUGCCCCUCCGCCAACAACCCCCGGGCCUCCCAGGGCUCGGCAUCCCCGGCCUGCCCGGCCUCCCAGGCCUCGUCCCGCCCCCUCCGCCCUCCCUCAUCCCAGGCAUGUCUGGAGGAGGAGGAGGAGGCCCGCCCCCGCCCCCCACCCACGCCCCCUUCCCGCUGCCCCUGCCAGCAGGCAGCGGAGCCCACCCGCCGCCGCCGCCCCUGCCCCUCCCCGGCAUGCCGGGCGUCGACCCCAAGAACCCGCCCGACUUCGCUGCCAUCGCGGAGAUGAUGAAGAAACAUGGCGUUGUGCCGCCCCCGCCGCCGGGCAUGCUCCCGCCCGGCUUGAUCCCCCCGCCGGGAAUGAUGCUCCCGCAUGGGUUCCCGCCGCCGCCGCCGCAUUUGGUUGCCGCUGCUGCUGCGGCUGGGGGUGGUUCUGGUAGUGGUGGUGGUGGUCCCCCUGGUAUUGGUGGUGGGGGUGGUGGUGGAGAGCAGUACGGGGACCAAUAUGAUCAGGGACAGUAUGGCGGUGAUCAGGGUGAGGAUGGGCCUGGCGGGAGGCGGCGGGCGCCGUUGCCGAGCCAGGAGGAGAGCUUGAGGAUGGAGCAGAGUAAGGGGAAGUAUACGAGGGUGAGAUAG